AUGAAAGCACUUAUUCUCGUUGGCGGCUUUGGUACUCGUCUUAGACCACUCACACUCACAUUACCUAAACCACUCGUUGAGUUUGCUAAUAAGCCCAUGAUUCUUCAUCAAAUCGAAAACUUAUCCAAGGCUGGUGUGACAGAUAUUGUCUUGGCUGUUAAUUAUAGACCAGAAAUCAUGGUUGCCGCUCUACAAGAAUACGAAAAAGAAUAUAACGUAAAGAUUACCUUCUCUGUUGAAACUGAACCUCUCGGUACGGCUGGUCCAUUAGCUUUAGCAAGAGAUAUCCUUGGAAAAGAUGAUUCUCCCUUUUUUGUGCUGAACAGUGACGUUAUCUGUGAUUAUCCUUUUGAACAGAUCAGAGACUUUCAUAAAUCUCAUGGAAAUGAAGGAACUAUUAUCGUUACCAAAGUCGAUGAUCCAUCAAAAUAUGGUGUUGUGGUCAAUCACCUUGAUUCUACAAAAAUUGAACGUUUUGUAGAGAAACCGCAAGAAUUUAUUAGUAACAAGAUUAAUGCUGGUAUCUAUUGUUUUAAUCCUUCCAUCUUGAAUCGUAUUGAAUUAAAACCCACCUCUAUCGAAAAGGAAAUCUUUCCUCUUGUCGCCAAGGAUGGAGAACUUCAUACAUUCGAUUUAGAAGGUUUUUGGAUGGACGUUGGACAACCAAAAGACUUUUUAACCGGCACAUGCCUUUAUUUAUCUCACUUAACAAAGCACAGACCCCAAGAACUUGCUAAUCCUACUCUAGACUAUGUCUACAAGGGAAAUGUGAUGGUUCACCCUACAGCAAAGAUUGGUAAAGGAUGUCGUAUUGGUCCAAACGUGGUUAUUGGUCCUAACGCUGUCAUUGGAGAUGGCGUACGUCUUCAGAGAUGUGUCAUUAUGGAAGGUGCCAAAGUAAAGGACUAUGCUUGGGUUCAAUCAAGCAUUGUUGGAUGGCAUUCAUCUGUCGGACGAUGGUCUAGACUGGAAGGCUGUUCAGUAUUAGGUGAUGAUGUUACGAUCAAUGACGAGAUUUAUGUGAAUGGUGGCUCUAUUCUUCCUCAUAAAACCAUUUCUGCAAACAUUACAGAACCCCAAAUUAUUAUGUAA